AUGAUGCGACCUCAGAUUCUGUUUCUCGAUGCAUACGACUCCUUUACCAACAAUAUUGUCUCCCUUCUCACAACUUUGCUUGAUGCCGAUGUCCACGUUUUACCGAUUGACACGCCCUUGCUAGACCAAAAAUCGCCGACGUUCUCCGAUGAUUUUCACCGGGAGCUGUCUCGAUACCAUGUGGUUGUUUGCGGACCCGGGCCUGGCUCCGCUGAGAACGAGAGGGAUGUCGGGCUCAUGAGGUGUGUCUGGAAGCUGGGGGGUGAGAAUCUACUACCUGUUCUGGGCAUCUGCCUCGGGUUCCAGAGUCUUGUUCUCAGCUCCGGCGGCAAGGUCAGGAGGCUGCAACGUGGGCUGCACGGAAUGGUCCGCCAGAUUCAGCACAAGAAGCCUCGGUCGACUUGCGCCGAGGACGUCUUUGCCGGUGUUUCCGAAUUUAAGGCAACUCUCUACCACAGCCUCUGUGCCGACAUUGGACAGGAUUUCAUCUCAGAUGCCGAAUGGGCGGACAGGCGAUGGCACGCGCAGGACAUGGCUCCUGAGUUGCUGCCCCUGGCCUGGGUUGACGAGGAGAGGGACAAUGGCCGCGAGAGGAUUCUCAUGGCGGUGAAGCACCGGGACAAGCCGUUCUGGGGUCUUCAAUAUCAUCCCGAAUCCGUCUGCACGCAAGCCUCAGGCCACGCCGUCAUCCGCAACUGGCUCCGCGAAGCCAUGGCUUGGAAUCAAGGGGCGAACAGGACGAUCGUAAGCGGAGAGCGGUUCUUGGCAAGAAAUGCCGUGAAACCUAGCCUCCUUUCCGAGAUCCGGAACGCAGCACAGGGCGGCCACGCACCCGUGCUGGCGUGGACGGAGAUGCCGACGUCUUUGGCGACCGUGGGACUCGAAUGCGACUACGUCUAUAAGACAAUCAAUAUUCCCGCGAACGUUAAGGUGCCGGAUGUCGUGGAAAUCCUGAAGAGCGGCAGAACAGAGCAUAUCAUUCUGGACUCGUCUAACUCAAGCAAUAUGGCUGUCGGCGCCGCGGACGUGCGAGGAAGGUUCAGCAUCGUUGCGCUGGAUGUGGAAGAGUCCUUGCGUAUCGAGCAUCACGUCGGAGACGACUUCGCCACGGCACGAAUCCCUUCGAUUCAGGGGAUGCCCGUUGACCUAGUUGAAACUAUUGCAUUCGGUCCGCAUGAGAAUAUCUGGCAUCUGCUCUCCAGCUUCAUCGAAAAGCGACGCAUCGCAGCGACGGGUGAUCUAGACACACCGUUCCGAGGUGGUUUUAUGGGCUAUCUCACUUAUGAGAUGGGGCUGAAAGGAAUCGAUGUGCCGGUUAAGGGUGACCGAGGACACCUGCGGCCGGACCUUUGUCUCGCCUGGGUCACGAAGAGCAUCGUUGUAGAUCACGUCAAGGGGCUGUUGCACGUCCAGCACCUGCAGAAGCGGAAGCUCAACGCCGACUUCUGGCUCGACUCUGUUGUAGCCUCAUUGCAGACGUCCCAUCUCUGGCAGUCGGGCAAAGCUGCCGUCAACGGCUCGGACUCUUCAACGGUGGCAACCCGCCCCGUGAUCCGGGUACCUGAUGCCGACGACUACGAGGCUAAAGUCUCUCGCUGCCAAGACUUCAUCGCCGCCGGCGAGUCGUACGAGCUCUGCUUGACAGACCAGACGACCAUCACCCUGCCAGGGCGCCCGGUAAUGGAACAUCGGCAGGUCAACGGCCACACGCCCUCCAAAUCAAACUACGUCGCGCCCUGGAAGCUCUACAAGACCCUCCGAGCCCGCCAGCCAGCCCCCUUUGGCUCCUUCAUACACCUCGGCGGCGCGACGCUGAUCAGCAGCUCGCCCGAGAGGUUCCUGGAAUACGACGCCGGCGGCUUUUGCUCGAUGCGACCUAUGAAGGGCACCGUCCGCAAGUCCAACGACGUCGCGACGCUGGCCCAAGCGGAGCAGAUCCUGCACGUGCCCAAGGAGGAGGCAGAAAACCUUAUGAUCGUGGACUUGGUUAGACACGACCUGCACGGCGUGUGUGGGUCGGGGAACGUCGAGGUGCCACACCUGAUGAAGGUGGAGGAGUACGCGACGGUGUUCCAGAUGAUUACCAUUGUCAAUGGGCAGUUGCCGGACCACCGGUCCGCGGCAGAUCAGCACACGGGGCUGGACCUGCUCGCGGCCAGUCUCCCGCCACGGAGCAUGACAGGGGCGCCGAAGAAACGGAGCUGCGAGCUUUUGCAGGACAUUGAGGCUCAUAGGGAGCGGAGCCUGUACUCAGGCGUGGUCGGGUACAUGGACGUGACCGGAAAAGGGGACUGGAGCGUGACGAUCCGGACGAUGUUCAGGUGGGACGACGAGGUCGCGCCGCCUCUGGACGGCGAGACGGAGCCGCGUGAGGUUUGGCACGUUGGGGCCGGCGGUGCCGUGACGAUUCUGAGCACGCCCGAAGGAGAGAGGGAGGAAAUGUUCACCAAAUUGGCGGGACCCUUGGGGGUCUUUGCGGAAGCAUGA